AUGAAAAAGAACAUUGAAGCCAAAAUGAUGCAGUUGGGGAUUGGUCGUGAUUUUGCUGAGUUAUUUGUAGGAAGUCUAUGGGAGAGAGUCUUGCGAGCUAAUACUGAGGCAGGGUUCCAACGUCGUUGGCUAGAGUUGCAAAAUAGUCAUUGGGGUUCAAACAACAAGUUAAUGGACUACUUGAGAGGUGAGUGGUUGCCAUGCAGGGAAAGGUGGGCAAAUUGCUACACCAAUCGCAUCUUCAUAUGUGUUGAUGCCUGGUAUCGGCUGCUAUCGUCAUCCUCCACCAUGUCGUCAUAUGUGUUGAUGCCUGGUAUCGGCUGCUAUCGUCAUCCUCCACCAUGUCAUCAUAUGUGUUGA